GUAGAAAACAAACAGUGACAAUGUUGUCGAAGUGUACCAUAAUCCUGAUACUUAGUUUUAGGUUAGAGAAAAGUGACAAGGAGACCAUGAUAUGAAUAAUAUAAGGAACCACAACAAGAACAACAACGUGUGUGCAUCGUGCUUGUUCGUAACCAAACUCAUUUUUCGCAAUUGCCAGAUCUCUUCAUCCAAUUGCAACACAGAAGAGCAGAAGAUUCUAGAGAGUGCGGGAGAGAAGAGAAGAAAUCGGAAAUGGGUUGCAGAAACAGGGACUUCUUCGCAGAUAAUCAUUCUUCACCUUCUUUUGAUUCGCUGAGCGAGCCCUUACUUUUUACCACCAUGUUCAUCGUAGGUCUCCCAGUAGAUGUUCAUGUCAAGGAUGGUUCUGUGUAUUCUGGAAUCUUCCACACUGCUUCUGCUCAUUCCGAUUAUGGUAUUGUUUUAAAGAAAGCAAGGAUGACCAAGAAGGGAAAAGGCAACACCAAUGUUGGAAUUGAGGGCUUUGUGGAUACAUUGGUGAUUGUGUCCAGUGAUCUUGUGCAAGUUGUUGCUAAGGAAGUAAUGCUUCCUGCAGAUGGUGUUGGUGAAAACAUAACCGGUGAUGAUGAAGACGCAGAUGCACAUAAUGUAUCUUCUGAGAGUCUAACGUGUGAGGUAGAGAAUCAUACAAAGCCCUUAAUGGAUGCAAAACAAGUUAAUCAAUCAAGACAAGUCGGAGAUGAAAGGUCAAACUCAGAAGGGAAAGCCCAUGACCACAUACAGAAUUCUGAGGCUUUUAAUGAAAAAAAUGAUGAAAAGAUUCAAAGUCCCAAUUCAAGGCAUGAAACUGAUACAUGUAUAGGCCAACAGGUAGCUGUUGAGCAUGGAGGCGCAGAUAGGACAUCAAAUCCUUCUAAUGGCGGAUUAUUCUGCUGCAGUGCUCCUGCAUCUGUUAAAGCCAAUGAUUGGUUUGGUGAAAGGUCUGUUUCACCAGAGUCUAUCUCUACAAAUUCAACCCAAGGUGCGGAUCUCAUCACAGAGUCACAUCCAGCUGAGCCUAUUGAAAUAUCUGUUCCAAGGAGUACAGAUUAUACCAGAAAUGCUAAGGAAUUUAAGCUCAAUCCAUCCGCCAAAACCUUCUCUCCAUCUUUUGUGAAUCCUAUAUCAUCAGCUUCUGUGGCAAAUUUGUUAUACGUACAAAAUAGCUCUCCUGUGGUACCUGUUGGUAGUAUUCAACCAGAAGCUGGAUUCAACACUUUUGCUUCUCGGCCUUCAGUGCCUGUAAAGGUUGCACAAUAUAGUAAUUUGCCAGUGGGAAAUGCUGGAAGUGGCUCUCAGUUUUCACAACCUAUUAUUGGACAUGUGCCGCAUAGAAACCAACCCCUCCGGUAUCCUACACAUUACACUCCUGUUUUGUCUGAACCUGCUUAUAUGCAACCAAGCUCUCCUGCUGUAAUGAUUGGACGUUCCCCCCAGUUAGUAUAUGUUCAGUCACUUUCCCACGAUUUAAUUCAUGGAACACCGACCAUUGCACCAGUCUCGGCUCGCCCUUUGUUGAAUCAUCAUGUACCAUUUCCAAAGCAGCAAGGAGGGACAAUUGGUCCAGCAAUGCCAGUUUGUGUGCCCCCUCCUGUCCUAACCAGUGGACAUCAGCCCUUUGCACUUCAAAGCCACAUUCCACUUCUGCAACCUGGCUUUCCUAUCACACGACCUAUUUCAGUCCCAGGACCAAAUGGCUUCUAUGGUACUAAAUUUUAAUGAAAUUUUCAUUCACAUUUCUGCUGUUAAUAUCCCUUUCAAUGAUUCAAGGCUCAUUUUCCUUUUUCUUUUUCUUUGUUUUUCCCUAAUAGAUUAUUAUUAUGCUAUAAAAAUUUUGCCCUCUCUUAUUUGUAAGAACUGAGUGUACAGUGACUUUCAGCUGGACAAUUACCUGAUAUUUAAGCAGUAUACGUUUGAGAAGUUUUGGAAGUCCUCAAGGUUCAAUUCUAUCAUUGGAAUUGGGGAAUAUUUCAUCCUUUAAAGGUUGAUUUUAUAUGUUUGGCAAUUGAUCUUGAAGAAUU